AUGAGGGGCGGCCACGUGUGUGUGUGUGUGCGGUAGUAGUUUCUUCUUGCGGCGGCUUCUUUUUGCGGCGGCUGAAAGCAAGUAGUGGCCCAGCUCGCUGUGUCAUCGAAUGCAGCAGCAGGCUUGUAAACGUAUGUAGGCCCCAAAAUCUGAGUUUGUUUGGGAAACAGCGUGCGGAGCACCAGGCGUAGUUGAAGUAAGAAGAUGACGGGGAGAGCUAAAGGCCGAGGAAGAGGGAGGUCGCGCGGAAGCGGGGCCGGCGAGGCCAGGCGACCGGGGGAACCUCCGCGCUCUGCUGCAGGCGCGGAGCAGCAGCCGCAAGUCGGGCGCGGACGAGGACGAGCUACGGCCACUGCAGCCACUCCUGUGCCGCGGCAGCAACAAUCAUCAUCCCCACCAACGGAGCAGAUGGCCCAGAUGAGUGUAAGUGGUGCAGCAGGUGGUGCCAAGCCGGCAAUGGAGCGUCGUGGCCCUCCCUCUGAGCCCCACACUCGACCAGAUCACAUCACUGACAAACGGGGUGCAGCCGGCCAAACCAUCCCUCUCCGCUCCAACUUUGUAGCCCUCCGUAAUCGCCCCAACUGUGCCCUCUACCAGUACAAUGUGUCCUACUCUCCUCCCAUUGAGAGUCGCGGGCUCCGAGCCGGUCUCCUCAGCGAGCACACUAACCUCAUCGGAAACGUGAGAGCUUUCGACGGAAUGAUCCUGUUCCUGCCUCGCCGUCUCCCGGACGAUGUGACUGAGGUUGUGUCCACGACAAAACACGACCAGACGCUGGUGACCAUCAAAAUCACUCUCACCAACGAAGUGGCCGCUAACAGUCCGGUCAGCCUCCAGGUCUUUAACGUCAUAUUUCGCAGGUUC